AUGGACCCUGAGUACAGCCUUCAGGAUGUGUUACGGUGUCAUCUCUGUGAGACCCCGGGCCCCGCUGUAUACUGUGCUAUUUGUGAGAAAUAUCUGUGUAAAGCCUGUGAGGGGAGCCAUAUCUCGGAUCUAUCCAAAGAACACAAAGUGGUGCCAUUUGAAAAGAGAGGAUCUACUCUUAAAUGUCCAAAACAUUCCUUAAAAAUAUGUGAACAAUACUGUGAACAUUGUGACAUUCCUAUUUGUACAACAUGUGCUUCUUCUAAAAAACACCAAAGCCAUAAAUUUAUUGAAAUAACUAAAAAGAUUGACAGAAGCAAAGAAAUCAUUCAAAAAGAUUUACAAGAACUAGAGAAAUCCAUUUAUCCCAAAUACCAAGAGAUUGCAUCCAUUAACCCAGUCCAGAGAUCUGCUCUGAAUGAAAAUUCCCAGAAAUUAACAACAGAAAUCGACAAACAUGGAGAAGACUUGCACAGAGAAAUAAACACCAUUAUCAGAGACAUGAAAUCUAACGUGGAAGUAAUGGACACCAAACACCUGGCUGCGCUAAAUAAACAGGAAGAUAAAAUUAAACACACCAUUUCUGAAAUCACACAGACUAUUGCUGAACUGAAGGCGUUACUGCACUCCAAUGAUGUUAGCCGUGUCUCUGCCUACAAAUCCAGGAAUGAUGAAUUCAGAAGAUUGCCCCCUAAACUCACAGUGUCCAUAGCAAGUUUUACCCCUCAGAAGAUCAACAAAGAUAAGAUUUAUCAACAGUUUGGUUCUCUGUCAGAGUCAUCUAUCAAAACAGAAGAGCACGGUUACACCAUGGAAUCUCCCGGUGCUGAGUCCUCUCCCCCGGACAGACCGCUCAUUGAUGUACCACAUAUCAUCACACAGAUAAACACCGAGUGUAUAGGAUUACGCAGUGUGUCCUGUCUGAGUGAUGAGGAGAUGUGGACGUGUAGUUAUGAUGACAACAUCAUGAGACUGUACAACCUCAGUGGGGAACUUGUGAAGUCAGUCCAAACCAAGUCAGGGUACUCUCCGCGGGACAUAGCAGUGACAAGGAGUUGGGAUCUAGUCUUUACUGAUUACAAAGAUAGAACUGUGAACAUAGUGAAGAAUACACAGAUAAAGACAGUGAUCAGAGUACGGGGGUGGAGACCUCGCAGUGUUUGUAGUACCUCCUCUGGUGACCUCCUGGUUGGCAUGGACAGUGAUGAUGAUAAACAAACAAAAGUUGUGUGUUACUCCGGCUCCACAGAGAAACAAAGUAUUCAGUACGACGACGAAGGACAACCUCUCUAUUCAUCUGGUGGAUUUUAUAACAAUAAAUACAUCAGUGAAAACAGGAACCUAGAUAUAUGUGUGUCAGACCCUGGAGCCCAUGCAGUAGUGGUGGUCAAUCAGGCCGGGGAACUCCGAUUUACCUACACUGGUCCUCCCUCUACUACCAAUGGAUCAUUCUAUCCAUACGGCAUCACAACAGACAGCCAGGGUUGGAUACUGACCACAGACUUUGACAACCACCGUAUCCACGUCCUGGAUCAGGACGGACAGUUCCUCCGCUACAUUGACAACCGUCAUUUAAAGGAUCCAUGUGGUUUAAGUGUGGACACCAGAGACAACCUCUUUGUGACUGAGUACUACACAGGUAAAGUGAAGAAAAUACAAUAUAACAUAUAAACAAACUGUGUUUAUAAUAAUCAAACUAUUUGUUUAUGUAUAUACAUGUAACAUUAGUGAAGGAAAUCCACAUUACAAAUGAAACAAACCAUGAUUUGUAAUAAUCAAACAGUUCAUGAUAUUGAAUUAUAUUUAAAUUAAGUUCUCAACUGACAACAGCUAAAUGUUACAUGUUAUUAUAUCAUGUUUGAUUAACAUGUCAAUAAACUGUUUUACAUCUAGUAUGUUAACAAACUACAUGUAACUGACUGUGUUUACAUAAUGUAUGUCAACUGAGUGAUUGUUUUAUUCAUUAAAUGUAAACUAACUGUGUUUAUAUAUUGGGUGUGAUUGUCAACAGACCAAGAGAUGUUAUUGAAAACUUCAAACAUUGCAUGCCAUCAAACUGUGUGUG